CUGGUGAAACAAGAACGCAAUCCAGUAGCUCUAUAUCGUCACGCGUUAAAUUCGCCUCGUCUCAUGCAGUCAGUUGAGAUCGAGACCAGUUCGGAUUCACAUGUUCUCUCCUCUUCAGCUUGUAUCUGUUUAUUCGGAAGUUCACAUAUUAUGAAUUGUGUUCAACCACGUAACCAUCUAGCAAAUAAAUCAACAUAAUAAUUAAGUCAUAUAACGUUAUAUGGUGUUAAUUUUAAAGAAAAAACAUUUUCAUACACUCGAGAUAUAUUUUGAAUGGAAUAUCAAACAUUGAGCCAAUGUGCCGGACGUUAUUAAUUUUUUUUGGUCAUAGAACAAAAACCCAAACAUCGUUAACAGCAAACAACAGCAGAAAGGACACAAAGAAUUGACACGAAAAAUUGUCCUGUGUAUAUGUGGAUGACAUCAGGAAUUGGCAAUUUCAUACGAAUAAAAUACAAAGGUUAUUAAUUUUGUACGUGCGGCCAGAAAUCAUCAUAUUCAUUGUGUAAAGCCUAGCGUUCACAGUACAGUCACAUAUGUUCGCUUUCGCCUGCUCCCCCACAGAUAAUAAUCAAAAACAAUAUUGAAUAGUCGAAGUAGAAGUAACACGUAUCAAUAUUUCAUUUCGAUAUAGCCAAUAAUUGUUAAAGAGAUAGAGAGCGGGCAAAGAACGAAAUUCUAUUGAAUUGAGUACAAAAGUUCGUGGCAUCAAAACCAAACACAAGAGAAGAAUAACUAUCAUCACUGCGGCCACCGCAACUGCUACCAUCAAAUACACUUCCCAUAGAUAACAUAUAUAUUAAAAAAAUAUGCUUUCCAAUUUAUUUGAUCAAAUAUUUGGUCGUUCUAAAUGUGGAAAACGUGAAAUAAUUACAACAACAAUUAUUGAACCUGAAUCGAUUAACAUCAAUGAUGAUCCACGCACUUUGAAUGAUUCAACUGAUUCACAUUGCUGCUUUUUGCCAUCAUUCUCAUUUUCCGAUGUCGAUGACAGCGAACAAAGUAUACUGAAAUCCAAUUAUGAUGCGCAACCACAACAUAAACAAUCGACGGCAACGACGACGACGACACCCCAACAAUUCAUUUCGCGACAAUAUCAUAAUAAUGACAAUAUACAACAACAUAAACAUCGCCUGACCAACCAUUUAAAUCAUCAAAAUCGUAUUAGAAACAAUCAAAAUAAAUUAAAUGAAAUAUCAAUUUUUAGUGUUUAUUUGUUAUUUGCCACGUUAUUUGUAUGCAUUUGCACAAUAGCCGUAUUACUAUUUACAUAUAUGAAUCGGGCCAAUGAUAUAGUACAGCUACGUGAUAGUUUAACAACGGAAUUUAUCUCGCGAACUGAUAUCGACGAUAUAAUACGAAAUGUGCUUCGAGAAAUGAAAAACAAGAACAAUAACGAUGAAGAUGUUGAUGUGAACGACGAUGGCGGCAAUCGAAAUAGUUUUUAUGAGGAUUCAAAUGAAAGUAUCGCCGACAGUCACAAAAAUAACAACAACAAUCAACAAUUCAAUCCCGAUGAUGAUGAUGAUGAUAGUAUUAAAACCACGAACGGUCUUGAAUUCAGAGACGUUUUGUAUGAUGAUUAUAUCACCAGCAUUGAUGACGAUGACGAUGAUGAUGACGAUGACAUCAGAAACGGCGACAAUGUGGGCACCAAAAAGCAACCAAAUAAACAACAACCACAACCGCCACCCGUACAAACGGAACGGAAACCAUCGCAAAUGUUGAAUACAAUGCGAAAACGACGUGCUGCAAAUAUUUUUAAUGAAAACUAUGUAACUGAUGCACAAAACAAUGUUCAAGGGCCUUUUGUUGAGUUUUUCAAUCCAAAAAUGAGGCGCGAACUUGAGAAAAAAGAUGAUGAAAUCAAACGAACAACAGGAAAAGGUAGUGCACCGGGUGGCGAUGAAUGGUCCUAUUUAACCAGCAUCUCUCGCGUACCGUAUGAAGCGAUAUCCGGAUUUUGUAGCGCCACGAAAGAAUACUGCCCCCCUGGACCACCCGGUUCACCUGGGCACCAUGGUGCCAAAGGUUAUCGAGGCGAUAUUGGAAUGCCCGGCCCUCCCGGUCGGGAAGGUCCCAUUGGUCCGAGAGGUCCCAAAGGCAUGCCAGGAAGCCCAGGUUUGGAUGGUCGUGAUGGAAUUCCGGGUGAACCUGGUUUAGAUGGUGUGCCAGGAAGAGCUGGAGCUGAUGGAAUACCGGGAAAAGAUGGAAUACCAGGUGCAAAUGGAAUAAAUGGCAUCGACGGAAAAGAUGGUAAGGAAGGAUUGCCUGGACCCCAGGGGCCACCCGGUACAGUUGGUGAACGCGGUUUAACUGGACCGAGAGGACGCAGCGGACGACCCGGUCAAAAUGGAAUUCCUGGCCUCCCGGGAAUCGUUGCAUACAAGUAUGGAUUGGACGCGGAUAAAUUGCACAUCCCACCAACGGAAGUCGGAAAACUACUAAUUCCACCAUCAAUUGCAGGCGGUUCAAACAAACCGAUUGUGAUCGUUGAGGAUAAAUUUCUUCGAUUAAUUUGUGAUGCUACCGGUCAACCUAAACCAGAUGUUGUAUGGUAUCGUCACGAUGGCAGACCUAUCACUGAUGGCUCUUGGCAAGUAACUUCAAUACGUGAUCACACAAUAAAUAUAACGCAUGUGAAUCGAGUUCAUAACGGUAUCUAUGUAUGUGUGGCAAAUAAUGGCAUUCCACCAUCCGCAAAUGCAACAUUUCAAGUCGAAGUUCAUUUUCCACCAUUGAUUCGAGUACGAAAUCAAUAUUUGUAUGCUUUUGAAGGAGGAUCUGUUUCAUUGGAGUGUGAGACUGAAGCAUUUCCAGAGCCACUCAAAUAUUGGAAACGUCGUUCGGAUAACCGAAUUAUCGACCAAAACGACAAAUACCGCAUGGAAACCUACACAGAUGGGUACAAAUCAUUGAUGCGUUUGAAUAUUACGAAUGUUCGUCCGGAAGAUUUUGGCGAAUACGAAUGUGUGAGCAAAAAUGAAAUAAACACAACGGCAGCACCAUUCUUCGUUUAUGAUGGUGCACGUCAUCCAACACGUACUUAUUCGGAUAUUGCUGAAUUCGGUACAUUACCACCGAAGCCAGUGUCAUACACUGAAUUUUGCCCACCACCAAACUGUCCAUCGCCCAACUGUGAUGAAUCUCGUUGCAAUAAUGCUUACUUCCAACAUCAUGAUAUUAAAAUUGAAGAAUUACGAUUUAAAGGCAUUCGAUUUCCGGGCAUUACAGCAAAUCGGACUUUCGAUUGUGUGCUGUAUGCCGUUGGAAAACCAGUUUACCAUAAAUUAACAGAUUCGGUAGCGUAUGGAUCAUGGCUAAAAGAUGCGCGUCCACGCACAGAAUUCGCCGAAAAAAUAUGGACCACAUAUGAAACGGAUCGCACGAAAAUUUAUGAGUUUGCCGACAAACAAAUGUUCCGCAAUAAUCAAGCGAAUGAGCUACACUUAAAGUCGCCCGGAUUCCAAGGUAACGCACAUGUUGUUUACAACGGUUCAUUCUAUUAUCAUCAACAAGAGAGCCCAAUCAUCAUUCGAUACGAUUUGCAAAAGCGUGAAACAAUUUGUAAUGUAACGUUGCCCGAAUUUCAAUAUAGCGGCGAUCACUAUCUGUACACAACCAAAUGUAAUUACGUUGACUUGAAUGCCGAUGAAAAUGGUCUUUGGGCCAUUUAUUCAUCAAGCAAAUCUACAAAUACAUAUGUCGUUAAGCUUGAUGCAAACACAUUACAAAUUCAAUUCGGUUGGAAUAUUAGUCUAAAUCAUAAUAAAGUGGGUGAAAUGUUCAUCGUAUGCGGUGUAUUGUAUGCCAUCAAUUCGGUAACCGAACGUAGUACGAAGAUUGUUCUGGCAAUGGAUUUAUAUCGGUCAAACGUUUUGAAUGAUUUAAACUUAUCGUUUACCAAUCCAUUCUCACACACCACGAUGGCUUUAUACAAUCCAGAAACGAAGGAACUUUUCACAUGGGAUCAUGGCAAUCAACUAACAUAUCCGAUACGAUCGAGUGGCAUGACUGAGUAUGCAUCGGCAAGUGAACGAAAUGAAGAAGCACUAAAUGCCCACGCUCAAACUGGCGAUAACGAUAAAUAGAGAUUAAUUUUAAUUGGUGUUUGUAUGAUUUUUUUGUGUGUAUUUUCGUGAAACAAAAUUUUGUGUACAUGUCUGUUCAAUUCUUUUACUUUUAUUAUCAUCGUCAUCAUCAUCAUAAUCAUCAUCCAUGCGUCUAUUUCUUUCAAUAUAUAUUCAUAUGCACCAAACUCAUUUUCAAACACACGCAAAACAUAUGAAUAAAAAUUCUUAUUUCAAUUUCUUCGAUUAUAUUCUUCGCGUCUAAAGUCGAUAAACCGAAUGAAGAUGAUGAUUGAAACGGUAUAUAUCUCGAUCAAAAGUCCUGAUACAAACAACAAUAAUAAUAAUUUUUAUGUACAUAAGAAGCAUCAAGCUACAUGUAGUUAAGUAAAAAAAAAAGUAACAUUGUAAUGACAUGGUGUAUGUGUGU